AUAAUAAUAAUAAUAAUAAUAAUAAUAAUAACCAUGUCUACCAACCAAGUUGCUCCAGCUCCCACCAAGGACGAACUCAAAGAGAAGCCCGAGAUGACCUCGACGACCACGGACGACGAAAACGAGAGAGAAGACACGGUUAAGGAAAAGACAAUCAAUAUGGAGGACCUUAUCGACACAAGCACGUUCGAUCAGCUUUUGGAUAUGGAUGAUGAGGAGGAUCAUGAGUUCUCGUACAGUAUCGUGGUCAACUAUUUCGAGCAGGCAGAGGCCACGUUUAAAGAUAUGGACGCAGCACUGGAUAAGAAGGAUCUGCCAGAGCUGUCUCGGCUCGGCCAUUUCCUCAAAGGCAGCUCAGCGGCAAUCGGGCUAAAGAAGGUCAAGGCAACAUGUGAAAAGAUCCAGCACAUUGGCAACUGUCAGGACGAGAUUGGCGUCAAGGAUCUCAACGAAAGCGAGGCAUUAAGAAAGAUCACCCAGAUACUGCCGCGGGUGAAGGCAGAGUACUCGGAGGCAGAGGAGUACCUCAAAAACUUUUACGAGCAAGAAACUCGAUAAGCUUUUUUCCUUUUCUAUUCCUUAUCCCUACACCCUGUAUAAACCUCGCUUCGCUCUAAUUCACACCUCUUGCUGACACCUUCUCCAUAGCAACUCAUCACAAACGAACCAAACCCUUUCUUUGUAUGUAAAUUCUUCACUCCAAUCAAAUAAUGAUGCUACGGCCCAACCACACCUCCACAGAUCAACCAGCCCUCUUAUUUCACAACUGUAAUAUCUUUGUUUUGGCUUAUUUCCUUGUUGGAAAAAAAAGAAAAAAAAAAAAGAAAAAACAUGUGUGCGUCUUGUCAAGUCAUGCC